UCUGGCGCAGGGGUAGCGGCUCCUCCCCUUCAGUCUGGCGCAGGUGUAGCCGGCUCCUCCCCUUCAGUCUGGCGCAGGGGUAGCGGCUCCUCCCCUUCAGUCUGGCGCAGGGGUGCGGCUCCUCCCCUUCAGUCUGGCGCAGGGGUGCCGGCUCCUCCCCUUCAGUCUGGCGCAGGGGUGCGGCUCCUCCCCUUCAGUCUGGCGCAGAAGUGGGGUAGCGGCUCCUCCCCUUCAGUCUGGCGCAGGGGUAGCGGCUCCUCCCCUUCAGUCUGGCGCAGGGGUAGCGGCUCCUCUUCUGGACUGAAACUGCUUCCUCUGAUGUUAUUGUGAGCUUACACCUGUGCCAAGACUGGAGGGGAGGAGCCGGUACACCUGUGCCAGAUUGGAGGGGAGGAGCCGCUACACCCGUGCCAGACUGGAGGGGAGGAGCCGCUACACCCGUGCCAGAUUGGAGGGGAGGAUCCGCUACACUGCAUGCAGUCACUGGAGCUGAAGGACAGCUCCUCCCCUCCAGUCUUGCACAGGUGUACCGGCUCCUCCCCU